AAAACAAACAAUUUUUCAGUAGUAACUAGUAAACAAAAGUGUCAAAAAGCAUACGUGUACUAAAUAAUACAAUUUUUAUCAAGAAAACAAAGUGUGAAAAGAGAAAAUUAAGAAGAAAAUGAUUGUGCGAAGGAAUAUUUUACCUCGAACUGUAAGUGACAUUUUAUCAGUGAGCUUUAUAUUGAUAAUAACUCCUCUCAUUUAUUGGUUCGAACUCUGGCUAGUGUUACCGGAAAUUUAUGAAUACGGGAGUUUCUUUUACAUUUUUCACUUUAUUUUCGGCAACUUUAUAAUGUUAAAUAUAGUGGGAAACUUUACAUACACAGUAUUAUGCGAUACAAGUACGCGACAAGUUCUAGUUAAUUCAAGUGAGGCAAAAACAAAAACCGGUUGGAGGUUAUGUUCGACUUGUGAAGCAUUGGCACCUCCUCGCUCUUGGCACUGUAAUAUUUGCAAUACUUGCAUAUUAAAACGUGAUCAUCAUUGUAUUUUCACCGCCUGCUGUGUAGGACACAAGAAUCAUCGUUAUUUCCUCAUGUUUGUUUUCUAUUUAUUCGUCGGCGCGACUUUUAGUUUUUAUUUCAAUAAUUUCUUCAUUUGGCGGAGAAUAAACUUUGAAUUUCCAAUGUCAAUUUUGAAGAUUGUCUUUCCGUUGGCGAUUUUUGUGUUUGGUUUCGAUGGAUCGAUUGAACAGUUUUAUUUAUUGUUGUAUAUUGUCACGGUGAUUGGAAUGUUGUUCACAGGAGUAUUGUGUGCCUAUCAUUUUCAUCUUGUUUUCAUUGGAUGCGUCGCGAACGAAAAGGACAAAAAGAGGUUUACUUACAAUCUUGGCUGGAGGCAAAAUUUUUUGGAAGUUUUCGGAGAUCGGUGGUACGUUGCUUGGCUACUUCCUUAUUUUAAGUCGACGUUGUGUCAUGACGGAAUCACUUGGGAUACUCCUGCUUCCUGGCAGGAAAAUAGCACUAAGACAAAGUGACAACUUUUUCCAAAGGCCUUGAACUUUUUUGUCCAAAGAAAGUGAAAAUGCUCCUAUGAACUUGAAGAUUUUAGUUUGAUAUUACGAAGGUAUUUAUUUGAUUUCUAAAAUAGUUCAUCUUUGUUUAAAGAAAGAGUUUAAUAUAUAAAAAAAUUAAUACUUGGACAUUAAUAUAAAAAAAAAUUGAUUGUUUAAGUUUUGAAGUAAUUCGAAGACUUUGUUCUUCAAUAAAAGUUUGUGUGUGUGUUAAUUUUAUUAAAAACAAAAAAAUCAACGAAAGGAAAAUAAUUUUUCAUGUGUAAAUCUUUCAAAAAAGAAAAUUGUAAUGAGUCUUAAAUAUACUAGCUAUAAGAACAAAUUAUUGAACUAAAUAUGUGUGUUUACAAUAAAUCUAAAGACAGGGAAAAUUUUAACAUUUUUCGUUUCUUACUGUAAAUAAUUACAACAAUAAAAAUUUGGAUUGAUCAGUAA